GGAUACACGGCUUAUAAGACACGCCGGCCUCAACGAUGAACCAACAGUCGGAAAACAGUGAAUCAAGUUAAUAAACUCUGGAAGAGCUCGAUCCGUCACAUUCUCGCAGACUCGGCGUUACGCGAAAGAAGAGAGAGAGAGAGAGAGAGAGAGAGAGAGAGAGAAAACACUUCGCACGUUGCGAGAUAUGCGUUCGUUUGAUAAAUGAUAAUUGGCAAAAAAAAGAAAAAAAAAAAAAAAAAAAAACAACAACAACGACGAACAAAGAAAUAAAAAAAAGUUUAAUUCUAUUCGACUCUCGUUUUCAGUGUUGGGGAAUUCAUUGUUGUUUAUUUUUUUUUUCCCCCCCACUCUCUCCUUGUUUUAUCAUCGUCGGAUCAUCGAUAAUAAUAAUAAUAACGAUAACAAGUAACAAGUGUACGAGGGAAAAAAAAAAACACAAUCCGGUAUUAGUUGUAUAAUACAUAUAUAUAUACAUAUAAUAUAUACCGCAGAAAGUGGCGACGUGAGGAUGCCUUGAAAUUUGAACCGUUUAAGUUUGUAUUAAAUUGAUGGCGCGCGUUUAGGAGAAACAUUAAUCGAAGAAGUUGAUAUUAUUCGAAAGAAAAAAAAAAGAAAAAAAAAAAACGAAGAAUUAAAAAAUAAUAAAGACAACAACGAGGAGAGACGAGUAAAUAAAAAGUCGAAUAUACGUGUAAAACAGACUGUAAAAAGAAUAAUAUAAGUUUUAUAUAUUGAUCGUCAAUCAAACCGACGUGUAAAAAGCUUGUGACAAUUUAUCUAUCCCGUUGACUUUGUACAAACACGUAUUACAUACACAAACACCGAUCCCGUCGGAGACGUAAUUCGAACCUUUUGAAUUAUAAGAACCUGCAGCGAACGAUUUCCUCCGAACAAGUUGAAAAGAUGAUGCGGACAGUCGCCUCAACGAAAGCCGCAAGGAUUCCAGAAGUAAAUGACACCCGGUUAGCUCGAGUCGCGGAAAAACGAAACUACGCAAUGACUUCAAUCAGGGGAGACGCUUUCGGAAUUUUCAACAUUAGGACCGUGUUCUGGACUCUGGCUUUUCUGCUCGCCUGCAUCCUGAGCAGUAACAACGUCCAGGCUGAUGGGGAUCCGGGAGCUUUUUACCCCAACAGUUUGGCCAACGAUCCGGAAAACUUGCGCCUGGUGCAAAUGCUGCGACAGCUUACCCAACGCGGGAGAGAAAUCGACGAACGAGCUCGUGAGAUAACCGAGGAGGAAAUCGCCAUCGAAGGAAUACUCGAAGCAAAGGCCGAAAUGAUGAUUCCUCCGGCGGCAUUCCCGAGGGACAUAUUGCCCGAUGAAGAAGUCGGGGAACCACUUCCGGUACCGAGUGCCAUAAUACGCCCUAUUCCGCCGCGUUGGGAAAAACGUGGAAGUUAUAUGGCGCUGUGUCAUUUCAAGAUUUGCAACAUGGGUCGCAAACGGCAAUCGCUGUCGCAGAUACGUCCGAAAAUCCGAUCACUCAGAUCGUGGAUCUCUCUUGGUCCAAGAACCGUCAGCACUUUACCUGCACACCGGCCUAUCUCCUAGAUUUAUAUACAUACAAAUAUAUAUAUAUAUAUACACACACACACACAUACACACAAUUUUAUGAUACAAUAGUGAUUAGCAAAUUAUAUCGACAAUGAUAACAAUGAUAACAAUGAUAACAAUAACAGUUGGAGAAAUUUCAAGAAUUAUAUAUUCAACUCGUUACCAAAGAACGCGAAGAUUACAUAACAAUACCGAUAUAUACACACGCGCUUACACACAUAUACAGUGCAUGUUGUGCAAAUGUAAAACAAAUACGCAAUGCAAACGAUUUGGUGUUUUUAGAAAAAUUUUUACUUCAUACUUAAUUUUCCAACAAAACUUGGUUCCAACCUUUCAUUUUUUCGAUUCUCUGCUAACUUUGAUUAAAAAUCAUCUCACUGAAUUUCUUCGACUUUCGAAAUAAAAAUUUUUAAUAUAUACACAUGUCUAAAAUAAGUACCUGAGGGUCUUGCGAAGAAAACUAGGAUAUGAAAAAAAAAAAUAUAUUAUAUACAUGUAUAAAACAUAACCGAAACAUUAAUCCCGGGUCUUGAAAUUUGUUGGAUGAAGAAUUUGUUAGAUAUAAAAUAAGAGACAAAAAACAAAAAUUGAAAGUACAUUCAAAGCAUAAUGCAAUAUCGAUUAAUCUACCUAUAAAACGCGUAAAUCUUACGUACGUGAUUGCUUGUUCCGUGUCUCUUGUGAAAAAUUAUACCGAUUCUGACGUACGUAUGAAAUGUGGGAAAAAUAACGAGACGACACGCAUACACACGCACACAACAACAACAACAGCAUCAAUUGAUUACUUUAAAAAAAAAAACAAAAAACAAAAAACAAAAAAAAAAAAACAACUAUAUAUAUUCAUUCGCAUUUAAUAUAUAUAUAUAGUAUAUUUGUGUUGUACGUAAUUGAUGAUUGAAAUUUUAAUGAGGAGAAAGAAAAAAAAAAAAAAAAACCACCAUAUACAGAAAUAUAUACAAGAACGCGUGUUGAAAAUUUGAAAUCACGUAAAUCGAUAAAAAGGAAAUCUACUCAUACGGGUGCGUGUGCAAAAUUAUACACGCAUAUCGCGUAUGCAUAUAUACAUACAUAUAUUUUCCAUGUAUACCUGACAAUACCUACGAAAUGAUUUUGUCGAAUCUCAAUGAGAAAUUUACGCUUAUUAAGUUAUUUUUAAUCAUUUUUAUCAUUUUUUCCCCCCCGUUAUGACGAAUAUUAUAUUUAAUAAAUGUAAUAUUAAUGAUUUUGUACGGAUGAUAGAUUUGUUCUGUUCUCUUUUUUUUUUUUUUUUUUAUUUAUCAUCAUACCAAUAAUCUGUAACGAAAUAUCAAGCGAUUGAUAAUCGUCGUUCCUUAUUUAUUAUAUAACGACCGUUCCGGGUCGGUAAACUGUGUUAAAAAAUAUUUGCAAAAAAAAAAAAAAACAAUGAAAUCAUUAAAAUCGAAUACAAAACCUGCAGAAUAUCGCUUGUUGGCUGACCUCGAGUAUUCUAUAAUAUACCUAAUCUAUGUACCGUAACACAAUAGCCUCUAUAUAUAUAUAUAUAUAUCUCUAAAUUAUAUUACCGCUGCAUAAAAGCAAGGACGUUGCAUUUGUAAUUUUUGUAAUUUAUAAAAAUCGUUAUUCAAGAGAGUUCGAAUAACAAUUAUCUGUAACAAUAUUACAACCAUUAGAUUUAGUUUGUAAUUUUUCAACAAUAUUCGGCUUCCUCGAGUGGAAGGAGAAAAAAAAAUAUGGAAAACACGUAUCUUCAAAACGUUGUUUAAACGGGACAUUACUGAAGGCGGAAUUUGAAAACACGAUUUAGAAAAAAGAAAAACAAAAAAAAAAAAAAGAUUCUCUAAAAACGACGACUGCAAUGUCUUUGAACUAAUCGUUGUUAUACUAAAUAAUAAUAUAAAUUUAUAUUAUUAUAUUAUUGAAAACGUGAAGUUAUCCUGAAAUCAUAUUUAUUCUUUAGACUAUUGUAUGCGUAUAAAAAAUAUUGUAACGUGUGUUUGCAUGUGCGUGCUCGAAGGGUGCAGAGGUCGCCGGGAAAUUAUUACGUUUAACAAAAUUACAUUAUCGCACAAUCGUAUGGAUUUCGAUGGAAAGAGAAAACAAAAUAGAAGAAAAAAAAAAAAAAAAGUAAAUUGAAAUGAUUUUUAAACAUGGAUAAUAUUAAAACUUAGUUUCGCCGCACAAAUAUGUAUACAUAUAAUAUGGGCGCUUGGAGAGAGGAAAAUUGAAAAAACAAUAAGUAAAACAUAAGAAAUAAAAGGGGGUUGAUAAAAAUGAAGAAAAAAAUCAAAUAAAUAAAUAACUUAUGUAGAACUGGGUUAGUAAUAUUGUAAUAAACUUGCAUGCGAAUUCAAUCUUUGUGUUGUGAUUAUUUGACACAAAAAUAGAAAAGAAGAGGAGAGAACAAAAAAAAAAAAAAAAAACCUACGAAAGAACUGAGAAUUCGAAAAACGAAGGACGAAACUUCCGGUACUGUAAAGACAGUGUGGCGUCAGCACGUAUCGUCCGAUCAUACAAAAAAAUUUAAAAAAAAAAAAAAAAAAAAAUUGAAUGCCGCGACGUUUCUUACACUUUCCGCACGUCUAUAGAAGUGAUCCGCAAAAUUAUAAACAAAAUGCAAAAGGCGACGCGAGAUUGAAUCGUUCAUUCAAGAAACGAAUGUAACACAUUUCUUCAAAAUUUCUGUUACGUAGAAAAUGAGAUGAAUAAAAUUUAUAUUUUGUAAUCGCGUUCAGUAUGAGUGACCGUCUGCACCCUUCGCAUUCGAUUACUAUUAUUUACCGACACAUACCUAAGUUAUUAUUCAUUGUUUUUACCUUAUUAAAAUCUUUAUUUAUUUAACUUUUGUUACUUCGUAUUCAUUUCACUUCAUUUAACCAAUACGUAGAUUGCUUGAAUAUUUUUUUUUUUUUUUUUUCACAAUUACCGUUAAAUUAUACUACUUUAGUUUAAAAAUAUUUCCUAUACAUAUAUAUUGUAUAUUUUUUUAAUCAACAAAAGAAAAAAAAAAAAAAAAACAAACAAAAACAAAACAAAUUAUUACAUAAGGUAACCAAUACCUAAUUACACACGGGUAUUACAAUCGAGAAAAUUAUACUUAACGUGUAAUGUAUUUUUGGUUUUCUCACUUCGAGCAAAGCUUUAACUUAUAUACGAAUACCGUACCUGUUUAAAAAUUAUUGAUUAUCUUUGUCUGUGUAUCCACACGCAUCGAUUAGUUAAUUAACGCUGUAUAAAGUACACUCUGACACUUCGAUCCGAUGUUAAACACGUUCGUCUGUAAUCGCCCUUAAAUGCGUUUCAGGUAGA